AUGUUCUUGGUGGAUGCAGGACCUGGGACCCCCAGAAUUUGUAUGCAAGAUGAGCCUACAGGAGUGCCAAUCAACCGAGCCGCCAGGUUUGAGAAUAAGGUGGGAUCCCUGGAUGUAGUGGCCGGUGAAUCACUGAUCAAAGAGCAGAUUUUGGAGAGAUUCUUCAUCGAUGUAGUGGCCGGUGAAUCACUGAUCAAAGAGCGAGCAGCCGCCAGGUUUAAAAAUUUGGUGGGAUCCACAGAUGUAGUGGCUGGUGAACCGCUUCUUCUUCUUCCGCGAAGAUUCAGACAAAACCGAGCUUGGAUGGAACUGAACAAGAUUUGGCGAACGAAUACAAAGGUAAGGGGCUUUUUUAUUAAGAAAGUAAAGGGCGGGUAUUCAGUAGCCAUCGCGGGUUUCCUUACCUUUCUUCCAUUCCGUCGAAGAAAUUUUUCGAGUGCUCGAUUCACCAUUGAGAGGAUUAACCUCAAAAGGAAAAGGACGAAUAUUGUGGUGUUACAACAGCGGCGGAUCAAACAAGAACUUAUUUGUUUCUAG